GUACAUCUUUACGAAAUGAUAGUAAACGUGUAGUCGUGCAGCUAGUGUUUUUUGUCGUUGUUUUGACAAACAGCAAGGCGUAGACGGUAAACGGGUUGAGUGUUGUUGUUAGCUGUCGAGCUAAGCGAACAGGCGAUGCUCAGUAUGUAGUCUUCUGAAGAUAAUCCGGUGUUCGUGCACUUGUCACCUUGAUGUUUUGCUUUGCCAAGCAACGAAUUGUUUUGUGUGUUUACUUACACGUGUCACACGUCAGGAGUCGUCAUGUCAAAGCAGCCGAUGGGGAAGACGUUGCUGAGGAAUGUAAUCCGCCACACAGAUGCCCACAAUAAGAUCCAGGAAGAGAUGGAGAUGUGGAAAAUGCGAGACUGGGAGAUCCAAAUGUCCCACCACAAACAUUUGUCAGAUGCAGAGUGUGUGAGAGGACGUAUGCACUGCGAUCGAGUGUCAGAUCAACAUAAAGACUUCAGUCGCAGCAGAGAGCGAGUUUCAGAACAUGAUGACAGAGAGGCUCGAUACUGGACGCGCAAACUGUAUGACUUCGAGGCCAAUGAUCCUGACAGAUGGGGACACAGCGGCUUUAAGGAGCUUUAUCCUGAAGAGUUCAAAAGUGAUGGUGAGGAAACCACAAAGAAGGUUAGUCGUCACAAGAUUAAAAAGUCCAAGUCUGACACAGAAGCAUCCUUAUCAAAACGAUCCAAAAAAUCCUCCCACAAGAAGAAAAAGAAAAAGAGGAAGAAAGGUGCGGAAGAAAAACGUAAGAGAGUGGAGUCGUCGAGCAGCGACUGCAGCACUGAUGACAGCGACACCACCAAAGACAAGCAGAGGAGAAAAAGGACUAAAAGUCGACAUAAGAACAAGAAAAGUGCAAAAAGCAGAGGGAGAGAUGAGGAGAGUGGCUCGGGAGACAGUAAUGACGAGGUUAAAAGGGAGAGGCGGACUCACAAAAAACGAAAGCAGGACUCCCACAAAGACUCAGACUCAGGGCCGAACUCAAAAAAGAAGAGGAGGAAAAACUGGAGAGCAGCAGGAGAGGAGAGCUCAGAUGAUAGUUCUGCAGACUGAGAUACACGGACAUGAACAGGCACACAGCUCAGGUAACAACCAGGAAAACCACUGCAGAGUCCUUUGUUCAUCUUAACUGCACAGAGGGCUUUUCACUGCAGGGCUGUUCUGUAUUGUACUUUGUUUGACAUCAACAAACCUGUGCUGUCGGUCCUCUCCGUGGGCGCUCUGCGUAGCAAUAACUCAUCACCUCUGCAGUGGCUUGAAGCACACGGUACUGCAGGCAGCAUGAAGAGGGAUGGUGGGGUAUCCUCCACCUGCCUCAUCAGAAAAUCCUGUGGGCUGCAGGCUCGGUGAUUGAUCAUUGAUUCUUUCCUCAGUUGGCCUGCUUCAUGUGGAAAUCUGUCCUGAAAUGACCACUGUUUGUUUUUUUACCUAAUUUAAGAGAAAAAGAAUCAAAUUAUGCAACUUUCCUCAUUAAUUGUGAUACAUUGGGAAUUUGCUUUUAACAUUGGUAAGCAGGAUAUUGUAAUAGGUGAAAAAUAAACAUGUAUUUUGCAUUAUGUAUUUUUCAUAUUUAAAAUGGUGGAAUAUGCAUUUUUCAAGGAUAACUGUGGUGAUAUUCAGUAUCUAUUUAGUUGGCAAAAUUUCCCAUUAAAUGACCAAAACUGACAAUGAUGUUAUCCAACUAACAAGUGUUGUCUGUGGAGCUGAUGGUACUGUAUAGUGGGGUAUAGUAUAACAAGCAAUUUAACACAAUUACAGUAUUUAGAAUAUUGUGAGAGACUGCUGCUUUUUUCUUGAAGCAAUGAUGAGCUUUAAGAAAACAUUUUUCACUUGUCGCUUUUCACUUUUUUAGUAAACAGUUAGCCUCCCUCACUACCUCAAUGAUUUUCACUCAGUUGGGCCACACAAUAGCCGAGUGGUGAGGAUGCAUAGCACGUGGGCACGAAUGAAAUAACUUCCAUAUAGCCCUUUAUUUUCCGCUGCCAUAGAGCUUCACUGUUAUAAUAAAACUAUUCCAAGACUCA